GCCGUCGCAGCGCGGUGCACGAUGCACACGCACUAUUCAGUAUUUACGCAUCGCCCCGCGCCACCCCGAGGAGCGUCGGAGCACGCGAUACGCGCACGCGCACGCACUGCCGCGUUUUCGUGUAGACCACAACAUUUUUACCAUACGCGGGAGCGCGCCGAACGACCACGACCACGGCGGCGGCGGCGACGACGGAAACGUGCAUAGCCGGGAACGUGUGCGUGUGCAUACAAACAACGCGCGUGCACGUCACACCGCGUACGGGACGAGAUCGCGCAGGACGUCAUGCACACAGCCUGAUACAUUCGUACCGAGUCCGCCACUAUCACGAUGAGCGAGAAUAAAACUGAAAAUCAAAUUUCUACGACGUCCUCCAACGGUCACGGAGUUCAUUCGAAAGAUGAGGAAGGAAAAACUAAAGCUAUCCUUCUAAAAGAUUCCGCCGAAACAAUUAAAAUGCGCAGUAAUAAUGGUAAUGAUAGUCACUCAUCAAGUGAUGCAGAAAAUCGAGAAUUGCCGGAAGGUGUUCGUAGAGGUGUUUGUAAAUGGUUUAACUCAAAAAAAGGUUUCGGAUUUGUCACUCCAGACGAUGGUGGUAAAGAUGUUUUUGUUCAUCAGAGAGUUAUUAAAAAAGAUGGAUUUAGAUCCCUUAGAGAAAAUGAGCAUGUAGAGUUUGCGUGUCAUGAAUCAGACAAAGGCCUAGAGGCUACACUGGUUACUGGACCGGGUGGUCAAUAUUGUAAAGGAUCAAAAAAAGCAUAUCCUACAAAAAGACUGAGAUGCUAUAACUGUGGAGAUUUCGCCAAUCAUAUAGCUGCCAAAUGUACAAUGGGUCCCAUGCCCAAACGCUGUCAUAGUUGUAAGGCUCAAGACCAUCUUAUAGCUGAUUGUCCUAAACUUUUCCUCAAAGAAACUAAUAAUAAGUCUCCCAAAAAUCCACGAAAAAAAUCUGAACGAUCAAAAUCUAGACCAAAAUCCAAAACUGAAGAAGAUAUUGUAGGUGAACAGUCUACUGAUUUACCCAAACAAAAUGGAGAUGACAAUAAUGAAAAACAAGAAAAAAAUAUUUGAAUACAAAAUCGACUGCUAAAACAUAAUUUAUAUUAAUAAUUAAUUU